GUGUCCAGUCUAUGGAGGCUGUGGCCCAGGGCGCUCCCAGGGCCACCCCCGGCUGAACCCAGCCUGGGCAUGGGUGCCCCGGGCGGCAACCAGACCUGUGUCACCGACGACUCCUUCAAAUACCCCCUGAACGGGGUGGUGUACAGCGUGGUCUUUGUCCUGGGCCUCGUCACCAACUGCGCCUCGCUCUUCGUCUUCUGCCUCCGCAUGAGCGCCCGCAGCGAGGCCGCCAUCUUCAUGACCAACCUGGCCGUGUCCGACCUGCUCUUCGUCUGCACGCUGCCCUUCAAGAUCUUCUAUAACCUGAACCGCCACUGGCCGUUCGGCGACCCGCUGUGCAAGGUGUCGGGCACGGCCUUCCUGACCAAUAUCUACGGCAGCAUGCUCUUCCUCACCUGCAUCAGCGUGGACCGCUUCCUAGCCAUCGGCCACCCCUUCCGCUCCCGCACUCUGCGCACACGCCGGAACUGCGCCCUGGUGUGCGUGGCUGUGUGGGCCCUGGUUCUCGGCGGCGGCAUCUCCGCCUCAUUCUUCUCCACCACCAACGUCUCCAACGCCACCACCACCUGCUUCGAGGGCUUCUCCCAGCUCACCUGGAAAACUUACCUGGCCAAGAUCACCAUCUUCAUCGAGGUGGUCGGCUUCCUCAUCCCGCUGCUGCUCAACCUGACCUGCGCCUCACUGGUGCUGCGGACCCUGCGCAAGCCGGCCACCCUGGCCCAGAUCGGCACCGACAAGGAGAAGGUGCUCAAGAUGAUCGCCGUGCACGUGGCCGUCUUCGUGGUCUGCUUCGUGCCCUACAACUCCACCCUCUUCCUGUACGCGCUGGUGCGCUCCCGGGCGGUCACGAGCUGUGCGCUCGAGCGCUUUGCCAGGACCAUGUAUCCCAUCACUCUCUGCGUCGCCACCCUCAACUGCUGCUUCGACCCCUUCAUCUACUACUUCACCUCCGAGGCCUUCCAGAAGGCCUUGGCCGUCCACCCGCCCAUCCGGCUGGUGGCCCUCUUCCGGGGGGGCGCUUCGCUCUCGUCCAAGGCCGUCCUGCCCGGCCUGGCUGAGGACCUGAGCGACCCACCGGUGACCGACGGCGGGGAGCUGAUGUCUGAGUCCCACUUCUAACCGUGUUUCCCGGACCUCCCGAUUUGGAGAGGGUAUCCCCCCCAGCCCCUGGGGAGAGUGGAGAGGUGAAACCCUCCGCGUCCAUGGGCACCACCAUCCCGGGACCGAGUAUCUCCUGCCAGGUAGCCGAGGGCCCAGGGGCUCCGAUUCCUCUCCUCCCCCAGUCAGUAUUAUUGACUGAUCAACUGCUGAGUGCAGAGUGCUGAACUAAGCGUGUGGGAGAGGGGGGACACAGCCCUUGCCCUCAAGCCGCUUACCAUCUGAUCAAUCAAAUCAGCAGUACUUACUGGGUGCGUGGGUGCCCAAAGCACUGUAUUGAGCGACUGGAAGAGAUUGGCAGAAGUAGAAGACAAGAUCCCUGCCCUCCAGGAGCUGUCUCAUAAAUCGGUAGUACUGAUCGAGCACCUGCUGGGAGCGAAGCACUGUACUAAGCACUUGGGAGACCACAGUAGAGUUAUUAGACACGGUUCCUACCCCCGAGGAGCUUCUAGUCCAGCUGAAGAGACAGAUACUGAAAUAGGUUGUAGAUUGGAGCUCUUCCGGAGGAAGGGUAUGAUUUGGGAUACUAAGUUAGUGAUGAUAUUUAGUCAAUAAAGCUAGGGUAGACAACAGACAGAACACUGGACACAGGCCAUACAUACACACACACCUCACUGAACGGGGAGGGUGGAAGGCGUCUUCUCUCCAUGAAGGAGGGGAGGAAACAGGUCCAGAGAGGGCAGGUGACUGGCUCACGGUCACACAGCAGGCCGGGGGCGGAGUAGAGACUAGAACCCAGGUCUCUCAGCCCUCACCCGCUCGCUUUGUACUCUGGGCCCCACCCAUAUGCGCGCACUCGCACGUGUUUGAACAGAUAGGGAGAGCCCAAGCCACCAAGAGUCAGUUUAGCCAAUCUGAGUCGUGCUCGGAGUCUCCUCACGAUUUUACCUUGAAAUGCGUUUAACCUCCUAACACUCCAUUAACCCCCGAGUUGGGCCGAGAGCGGCCACGUGUCCUGAAGCCCCAAAGCCGGAGCUCUGCCAUACACCACCCUCGAGCGAUCCUCUAAUCGCCUUUGUGCUGGACGGUCGCCCAGGCAACGAUCAGCAUCCUCUUCUCAUUCGAGGGAGCUCGUGUCCCCCCCCCCCACCCCUCCCCCUCCAAGAAGAGGCGCUAUCGCUUUCGUAUCGGCGCUAGCCAGCCCGCCUACAUCAGAUUACCACUCUGUCCCCUGCAGCGCACGUUAAAUUUGGAAACGGUUUUCAUUUCCUGGGUCCCCCGGGAGCUGCUUAUUUUGCCACUAACUUAUUCUUCUUCUUUACAUUUCUUAUAGAUUGUUAUAAUUAUGAUAUAUCUAUGAGCUCUAGGUGCAGUUCUUCGUUUUAUCAUGCAAGGCGUUCGGUUUCAAAUACUUAAGCCUUCUAGAAGAUGAGUCAACCAAGUAUAAACUCGGUUAACAGCGGGUCAUGGGAUUCCUUCGCUCAGCUGGGGACUAAAUCGUUUCCGUUGUUUUCCUGGGGCGAGGAAAGAAUUCAGAGGUCUGAGGGGGUAAUGAAUAUCUUCCCCAAUUACAAGGGACUCGAUUAUUAUUGCUAGUCAAAAUGGGAUCCUAAUUCUCUUUAGGAGAGUGACUACCCUUUAGCUCUACUUCUUAUGGGGACUUGGAUUUAAAUCGCUCAUUCAGUGGAAUAAAAUACGUUUGGAUUAGCAUA